AUGACAUUAUUACUUAUCGGCCUAUGGGAUACAAUUACUGCUGAUGGAGAUUUAAGAAUGUUUAAAAGUGCACAAAGGGUGAAUUUACAGAAUAUGACACAUCCAACACGUAAACUAUGGACACAUGAUAAUGUAAUCACGCCAUUCCGUUGUGCUGAACAGUGCAAAAAUGACGAAUCCUGUGUCAGUUUCUUUUACAACAGAGAUUCUUUAAUAUGUGAGGGUCAUUCUAUAACUCUAGGGAUUACAAACGGAUCUACACCUGCUGUCGGCAAUAGAUAUUAUGUCGAUGACAAUGGUCAAGGUUAUAUAGGCGAUGUCUGUACUACAAACUCGGAGUGUUACGUCUCAAAUUCAGAAUGUCGCAAUGGGGCAUGUUGGUGCGCAGCCGGAUACAGUUUCUGGCCACGGUCAAGGUCAUGUGUCGUGAAUUGCACUACAUAUGGAACGGAUUUUACCGAAGUUCUUGAUUACUUCCUCAUUCAAAAUAACGAGGAAUCUUUUCUAAAUGUAUCUUAUGAAAGCUGUAUUCAGUCGUGCAUAUCGGUCACGCUUUAUGCAUGCGUUACAUUUGAAUAUGGUUGGCAGAGCAACGAGUGUUUCCUCCAGAGUGUCACAAAGUUCGACAAACCAGAUAAAUGGUAUCACGACACGCUCUCACGUGGAUUUGGCCAUUACCAGCGAGACUGUCUUUGA